GAAAGCUCUAUGGGUGAAGUCCAAAAAGGGAGCAUGGACCAGCCCAGUGGAAGAAGUUUCAUGCAAGUUCUUUGUGAGAAAUACAGCCCCGAGAACUUCCCGUAUCGUCGUGGUCCUGGUAUGGGGGUGCACGUUCCAGCAACGCCCCAAGGUUCCCCUAUGAAAGAUCGCCUCAACCUUCCAAGCGUGCUGGUAUUGAACAGCUGCGGCAUAACCUGUGCAGGGGAUGAGAACGAAAUCGCUGCCUUCUGCGCGCAYGUGUCUGAGCUAGAUCUUUCUGACAAUAAGCUGGAAGAUUGGCAUGAGGUCAGUAAAAUCGUGUCCAACGUUCCCCACUUGGAGUUUCUAAACCUGAGUUCCAAUCCUCUCAGUUUGUCCGUUUUAGAGCGACGAUGCGCUGGGUCUUUCGCCGGGGUUCGCAAGCUCGUGCUCAACAACAGCAAAGCGUCCUGGGAAACGGUCCACACGAUCCUGCAGGAGUUACCGGACUUGGAGGAGCUCUUCCUGUGCCUUAAUGACUAUGAAACAGUGUCUUGUCCUCCAAUUUGCUGUCAAUCUCUCAAAUUACUCCACAUAACUGACAACAAUCUUCAAGACUGGACUGAAAUUCGAAAACUGGGGAUUAUGUUCCCAUCACUAGACACACUUAUUCUGGCUAACAACAACCUAACAACCAUUGAAGAGUCGGAAGAUUCGCUAGCAAGGCUGUUCCCAAACUUGCGAUCCAUCAAUUUGCACAAAUCAGGUCUGCACAGCUGGGAAGACAUUGACAAGCUAAAUUCUUUUCCCAAGCUCGAGGAAGUCAAAUUGCUAGGAAUCCCCUUGCUGCAGUCCUACACCACUGAGGAGCGCAGGAAGCUGCUAAUAGCCAGGUUGCCAUCUAUUGUGAAGCUUAAUGGAAGCAUUGUUGCCGAUGGGGAGCGAGAGGACUCCGAACGAUUCUUCAUCCGAUAUUACAUGGAGUUCCCAGAGGAGGAAGUCCCAUUCAGGUAUCACGAGCUGGUAACAAAGUAUGGGAAGCUGGAACCUUUGGCAGUAGUGGAUCUCCGGCCACAGAGCAGCGCGAAAGUGGAAGUUCACUUCAAGGAUAAGGUAGAAGAGAUGUCGAUCCGCCUUGAUCAGACUGUGGCAGAAUUAAAGAAGCAAUUAAAAACUGUCGUGCAGCUGUCGACAAGCAACAUGUUGCUCUUCUACCUGGACCACGAAGCUCCCUUCGGGCCCGAGGAGAUGAAGUACAACUCACGAGCACUGCAUUCUUACGGCAUUCGGGAUGGAGAUAAACUUUAUGUGGAGCCCAGAAUGAAAUAGCCUCUUUUGACCUUGUGUGUGCACACGUGUGUGCACGCCCCCCACACACCCACACACAUGCAUUAAGGAGUUUUUGCAGGGUUUUUAUUUCAGCAGGUUGGUUGAGGUUUGGUUGUGUUUAUAGCAGGUGAUUUCUUAGCCCGGAGAGUGUGCCCUGGUCUCAGAACCAUGCCCACCAUCCAGUGCAGGUGACCUCGAGGUGGCARUUGACUUCAGUGCAUGUGUUUCAGUGUGUCCAAUACCUUGAUGUUUUCAUCGAUGCUCCGGUAUACUCGUGAUUUGGCAUGAAUGGUCAGUUGUUCAAGCUAAAGAGUGCUAGGGCCCAUAAGUUAGGGAGCUGUUUUUUGUGGGUUUCUUCUUUUUGAUACAACAGAGCACCCUUUUUGCCUAGCUAUCUGACUGUAGCUUUAGCCAGCUGAAGUACUUUUCUAGCUGGGUGCUGUCUCUCAACUUUUUGUUGCGCUUGAGUUCACUGGAAGGAUGUUGGACAGUAAUCGGCUUGAAUCCGAGCUCAGGUAUUUGGUGCGUCCUGCAUCCUUAAUUCCACUGGUUGGCCAGACUGAACCAGGUGGGAAAAUGAGAGAGACCCUCUCAGAAGGAAGAUUUCCGUUUGGAAUUUGCAGUCUGUGUCUAUGCUGUCCCACUCUGAGUGUUGAUGGAAAGGCUCGAUUUCUGUGUCCGUCCUGCAACACUGAAAGCCUGGAGGCCAAGGUAUCUUGCCCAUGUAAGUUAGGAGGGAGAUUUUGGAAGGCAAUGGAUGGGCCUUGYGUUAGGUGGAGUUGAAGCUAAGAGCACAGGAUUGUGCUGAAGCUCUGUUCCCACCUUGGCUACGGACCAUCACCGCAGCACUGGAAAGAUCCAUUGUAAGCACUUAGCAUUGAGACAGUGUGUACUGUGUCUCUCUCCUGGGAGAGAGUAAGCCUAAAGCUGAUGUUUUUAUGUAUGUUUCUGUUGCACCAGAACUGAAAUUUAGCACUUUUCCCAGCCCGUGAAUGUGGGGUCCCUGCUUAGGGUAUGAACUAGGAAAGUUCUGGCUCAGAUCAGGUUAUAGAAGGUCAGUUAAUGAGCCACUCUUCUCACGUUUAUUGUAAAGCAGUUUUUCCCCCUCUAUAUCAGCUUUCCCCUCAUGCACCUUGUAGGCAUUGUGUGCUGCUGCUUGAAUUAGCCCCUUUUCUGCAUCCGAGCAGAUUCCCUUUACUCGUGCUAUGAGACCCUCGUUCCUUUCUAUCUCUUGUAAAUCAGACAGCCGUUUCAUUUUACUGUGUCCUGCCUGCUCCCCUGUCACCCUGACAAGCUGAAGACUUUUCAGAUUCCUUGGUUAUAAGCAACUGCAUAAGAAGUUUGUCAAGCUGGGCAGCGAGGGCUCUAGUUACACGUGAACUUCUGACCUUAAUUUUGAAGCGUUCUCAAUCCCACUUGCACUUUCUUUCCCGUGAUGCUUUUGUCCCCAUCACUGAGCUCCUUUAUAUCCUCGGAGUUGUGUGUUUCUCUUCAUAUUUUACCUAGAUUGCGGGGUGGGGUAGAAUGGGAGGGUAUGAAGUAUUAUCUCGUAAUCUUCAGGUUCAGGAUGUAGGAUCCGUUCGGAGGAGGCUGGUUCGGCAUCCAGGGUAGUGAUGAAAAUGGAAGGAUAUAAGAUAAGUUAAUCAUUUGUGCCUCAUCCCCCUGCCAAAAAAUGUACAUCUCGUGGCGUUGCUGAGAUGAGCAAUACAAAACAGAGCAAGACUUGCUGUUUGUGACAGAGAGUCCGCAGUACGGGGCUGUGGGACCCUGGUACCCAUCAUGCAGAAGCAUGGGGAGAUGGCAGCCGUGUAACAUAAGAUGAUGCUUUUAUAAGCUAGAGCUUUACUGAAGAUGUAUUUUCCAUUUGGGUAGUGAAAGGCAUUUGCUGCCUUAUAGUGGAACUCUAAAGCCAACACUUAUAUAUGAUAUAUACAUACGUACGCGUAGGAAAAGUUGUGUUUAAUAAGAUAUUUUGUUAUAAAACAAAGUUUUAUGAAGAUAUGGUUGUUUAAUAUUAGAAGCCUAUUUCUCCCCUUGACCUCCUGUUUAAGUACAUUAUCCAUCAGUCGCUGGAUUGUUACAGGUAAGYGACUGAUGCAGGUACAAGGAAAUACCUGAUCUAAUUCUAUAGAGCAGUCAUUACCUAUGUGGGUAUAUUUAUGGCACUGUAACCGGUAUUAAUGGGAUGCUGUAAUUAUUGACCAACUUUUUCAGCACAAUUAAAUGUCUCAGUUCCCGAGAAGGAUAUAAACAAGGUCAAUUAAAGAAUUGAAUGGGAUUUCAGAGAAGAACCAAAUAUGUGCUUGUAAGUUUGUUUGCCUGCAGAAAGUUCCGCCUGUCUGCAUAGAGAAUGAUGGUGUCACCACGCUGGCCGUGAGCUCYGUGUAAGUAAUGGUGCUUUGCAGCAGAUCUGGUGGGAGAUUGAAAAGGGAAAAGGCAGACACCUUUGGGCAUGCCAGGCUGGAGGCGCUGCAGAGCCGCUGCAGAUUUGGCGUGAGCAUCUAGACCAGAACCGCUGCUCUGUCCAGGUCUGCCAGAUCGCGACACAAACGUUGUGGACUUGCCUCYUUGUGAGGGAAAGGGUGUCUGUGGCCAGCGGGGUAAAGCCGUCCACUUUCUAUGCAGCCAGCAGAGCGUGCGUCUGGUGAAACCCCUAAAUGCCGGGUGGUUUUGAGGAGGAAAAGACAUGUUCCAGGCCCCAGGCGUGUGCCUUUGGCAGUGCCACAGACACGGCAGCAUGUUCCKCAUCGCGUCCCUUUUUGCAUCUGAGAGCUUUUGGAAAGGGUCCGGCUUUUGUGCAAUGUUACCCCUUUCUAAGGGACUGAGUCCUGGGGAGAGGGCCCCGGAAAAGGUGGUUGCUUGUGCAGAACAUGGGUGGUGGGAACCUGGCAGGGCUCCAAGAUGGCAGGAAACUUGGUUUAAAUCUCUUCCGUGCCAUAAGCAUCUGCAUCCUCGUUUUGCCAGAAGGUCCCUAGCUCUGUCGUGUUCUUCGGAGAAGGCAGAAUAGACUUGCGAGCUUCUCCUGCUUUUGUGUCCUCCUCUCCGAGCGCGACUGCUGUCAAGAGCCGUGCUCUUGUUCGUGCUAGUUCAUGCACAAAGUCUGCCGCGGGCAGUUUGCGCAGUGCAAAAAGCACCUGGUUCACAAGGAAUUAGGUGACAGCUGUAUACCAAAGCAUCGCCCGCCUCUGCGUGGCACGAUCCGAUGCCGCGCCGCUCUGUGUUCGGGUGCRUUCCUGUUGAAUAUCCACGUUUCAACCAGAUGGAGCAGCCGGAUUGCUAACCGGCCCUGCUAGGAAUAUGUACAGUGUGGCAGGGUACGGCAGGAGAGUGCUUGCUCCCUUGGGUGCUUGCACGUGCUUUCCUGGGAGUUGCAUGUGUGCGUCCUGCUGGUAGAUGGUGCAGCCUGGGACACCCUGGCGGAGCUGUGCUCGGUCCUGCCCCUUGCCUCUCGCUUCACCCUCGCCUCCUCUGGUCUGCAGCCCUAAAAAUGCAACCAGGCGCCGGCUCGGCCUCUGUCAGUUGCCAGUUUUGCUUGUAAAUGAGAUUCGGUUCUGUGCAUGUACAGGUUGGAAAUGCAAGCGAUGUGCAGGAGCAGGAGAGGCCUGCUCCGAUGCAGCAGGGCUGGGGCUCUGCCGUUCGGGCCUCCGUCUCCGUGGCUGCUUUUCCUUGGUUACUGGAAACUUCAAAUAUAAUUUAAACAUGAAGUUCUUUCUAUUCUUGCACUCUAUUAAUUAUGCAUCCGUAUGUAAUUUUAAAGAAAAAGGAAAAAUUGUAAGUCCAUCUCUUUUUUAUUCUGGUUUCUCUCAUGGGGAAUACGCUUCCCGCAAUUUGCCUUUGGUUUGCUUGCAGACACAGCGGUAGAAUUCAGGCC